AUGGAGGAAGGAGGAAGGAAAGGAGGACCGGAGGACCGAAGGAAGGAGGAGAGGACAGAGUGGAGGAAGGAACCGGAGGAAGGAGGAAGGAAGGAGGACCGGAAGGAGGAAGGAGGGAGGAAGAAGGGACCGGAGGACCGGAAGGAGUGGAAGGACCGGAGGAGGAAGGAGGACCGGAAGGAGGAGUGGAAGGGAGGACCGGAGGAAGAGAGGAGGGAGGAAGAGGAGGAGGGAGGAAGGAGGAGGAAGGACCGGAUGGAGGAGGAAGGACCGGAAGGAAGGAAGGAGGAAGGACCGGAGGAAGAGGAAGGAGGGAGUGGAGGAGGAGUGGACCGAGAGGAGGAAGGAAUGGAGGAAAUGGAGUGGAGGAAGGAGGAGUGGAAGGAAUGGAGGGACUGGAUGGAGGAGGAAGGACUGGAAGGAGGAAGGAAGGAAGGAUGGAAUGGGACUGGAGUGAAGGAGGAAGGAGGGAAGGAAGGAGAAGGAGGAAGGAGGAGGAAGGACGGAGUGGAAUGGAUGGAGGUGAAGAGGAGUGGAUGGAGGAGUGGAAGGAAGGGAGGAAGGACUGGAGGAAGGAAGGGUGGAGGAGUGGAAGGAGUGGAAGGGUGGAAGAAGGAAGGACUGGAGGAAUGGAGGAAGGAGGAAGUGGAGAGAAUGGAAGGAGGAGGGACUGGAGGGAAUGGAAAUGGAGGAAGGAAGGAUCAGGAGUGGAAGGAGAGGAAGGAGGACGGAGGAAUGGGAUGGAAGGAAUGGAAGGAGAAUGGACGUGAGAGGAGUGGAAAGGAAGGAAGGAGGGAAUGGAGGGACUGGAAGAGGAGGAAGGAAUGGAAGGAAGGAAUGGAAGGAAUGGAGUGGGUGGAGGGAGGAGUGGAGUGGAGGGAAGAAGGACUGGAGUGGGUGGGUGGAGUGACUGGAGCAGAGUGCGGAGCAAGGGAAAUGGGUGUAGUGAGGGUAGCGUGGUGGGUGGAGUGA